GGAGCAAGGACAUAUCUGACACCCCUCGUUCACUUUUCUGAGGGUUGAUCCAGAGCGUUAGCCAAUAGCUGGCAGCCAAACUCUGACCCUGGCAUGCAGAGUAUAAAGUGUUCCUGAUGGAGAGGAAAACGUCUAACGGUGGGGAGCAUGUGAACCCUGCAUAUGAUUCCAACCUGGAUGAGCCCCCAAUGUAUCAGGACACCAACUUUUCAUAUGGCGACCACCGCACAGUCAGGCCCUCGGUGGUUAGUGCCUUUGGUCAUGACACUCUGGAUCGGGUGCCCAACAUUGACUUCUAUAGAAAUCAAGGCAGUGUGAGCGGUCACCGGGCUGUGCGGCCAUCCCUUCAGGACCUGCAUGAUGUCUUUCAGAAGAAUGGAGAGAUCUCAGUCCCAGAAACCGUGCAGGACGAUGGCGAGGGAAGCUGCGGGACACCCACUGAUGACCUGGAGUCUGCCGUUCCCAUCAACACCAGUGGAGCCGUAAAGUUUGGCUGGAUAAAAGGAGUCCUGGUGAGAUGCAUGCUGAACAUCUGGGGUGUCAUGUUGUUCAUCCGUCUGUCCUGGGUUUUUGGACAGUCAGGAUGGGGUCUGGGUAUUGUGGUCAUUGCUCUCAGCUGUGUGGUCACGGUCAUCACCGGUCUUUCCAUGUCUGCCAUUUGCACUAAUGGUGUGGUGAGAGGAGGAGGAGCAUACUACCUAAUAUCUCGAAGUUUGGGCCCAGAGUUUGGCGGCUCCAUUGGCCUAAUUUUCGCCUUCGCAAAUGCAUUGGCUGUUGCUAUGUAUGUGGUGGGCUUUGCUGAGACUGUGGUGGAUCUGCUAAAGGAGUAUAACUCCCUCAUGACGGAUCCAAUCAAUGACAUUCGGAUCGUUGGCUGUAUCACAGUGGUGUUGUUGUUGGGAAUAUCACUGGCUGGAAUGGAAUGGGAGGCCAAGGCACAAAUUGUCCUUCUAAUCAUCUUGCUGGUGGCCAUUGUGAACGUAUUUGUUGGAACAGUCAUUCCUGCCACAGAUACUAAAAAAUCCCAAGGCUUCUUUGGCUAUAACUCAAAAAUCUUCAUGGAGAAUUUUCCUCCGUCAUUCAGACAUGGAGAAUCAUUCUUUUCAGUGUUUGCCAUCUUUUUCCCUGCUGCAACCGGGAUCCUGGCUGGAGCCAACAUUUCAGGGGACUUGAGGGAUCCUCAGGCAGCCAUACCUAAAGGUACCUUGCUGGCCAUUGUAAUCACUGGCAUUACCUACCUGGGCGUGGCCCUGUGUGUCUCUGCCACCGUCGUCCGUGAUGCCACAGGAAACAUUACUGAAGCCAUCAACUCUACACUAAUUUGCGACGGCUCAGCUGCAUGUGAGCUCGGCUAUGACUUCUCCUCCUGCGCAGAUAUGCCAUGCAAGUAUGGCUUAAUGAACAACUUCCAGGUGAUGACCAUGGUGUCUGGAUUUGGUCCCCUCAUCAUCGCUGGAACAUUCUCAGCCACACUUUCAUCCGCCCUGGCUUCACUCGUCAGCGCUCCGAAAGUCUUCCAGGCUCUGUGUAAAGACAACAUCUACACGGCUCUGCAUUUCUUUGCAAAGGGAGUUGGCAAGAACAACGAGCCAAUCCGUGGCUAUGUCCUCACAUUCAUUAUCUCUGUAGCCUUCAUUCUCAUUGGUGAUCUGAACGCCAUUGCCCCUAUUAUCUCAAACUUCUUCCUGGCAUCUUAUGCUCUCAUCAAUUUCUCCUGCUUCCACGCAUCCUACGCCAAGUCUCCAGGUUGGCGACCAGCUUAUAAGUACUACAACAUGUGGCUGUCCCUGUUGGGUGCCUUGCUCUGCUGCAUUGUUAUGUUUGUUAUCAACUGGUGGGCAGCUCUCCUCACAUACGCCAUUGAAAUCCUCCUCUACAUCUACGUUGUAGUCAAGAAGCCAGAUGUGAACUGGGGUUCUUCCACACAGGCGGUGACAUUUGUGAGUGCAGUCAGCAACGCUCUGUCUCUGACUGGUGUUGACGAUCACGUCAAGAACUUCAGGCCUCAGAUCUUAGCUCUGACAGGCUCAGCACGGACCAGACCAGCUCUCAUAGACCUUGCUAACUCCUUCACCAAGACCUAUGGACUCUGUCUUGCCUGUGAAGUCUUUGUGGGUCCGAGAUCAGAGGCCCUCGAAGAGAUGAAUUCUGGCAUGGAGAGAAACCAGCUGUGGCUGAGGAAGAAGAACCGCAAGGCGUUUUACGCUGCCGUGACCUGUGAGGACUUCAGGGAAGGGACUGAGAGCCUUCUUCAGGCUUCUGGUCUUGGCCGUAUGAAGCCAAACACAUUGAUGAUAGGAUUCAAGAGGAACUGGAGGACUGCAGGCACAGAGGGAGUUCAGAAUUACGUGGGGAUUCUGCAUGACGCAUUUGAUUUCGAGUACGGGGCAGUGAUGCUGAGAAUGAACGAGGGACUUGAUGUGUCGCACAUUGUCGAGGCAGAAGAUGAGAUGCUAAAGGCAGAGAAGGAGCAGCGGGCGCUGGACAAAGAGAUGAUGAUGAACGGAGGAAAAUCAAAAGGACUCUUCAGAAAGUCCAGGAACUCAUCUCAACAAGUGCUCACAACCAGAGUGUCAGUGUGUGCCCCUCCGCCCCCCCAGGUGGCCAAGAUGAAUGAGAAGCUAGUGGAGACCAGUAUGCAGUUCAAGAAGAAACAGCCCGAAGGCACCAUUGAUGUGUGGUGGCUGUUUGAUGAUGGUGGCCUCACCCUGCUGCUCCCCUACAUCCUCACCACCAGGAAGAAGUGGAAGGACAGUAAAUUAAGGAUCUUUAUCGCUGGGCAGCCUGGACAAUCUGAGAAGGAUAAACAGGAGAUGAAAACUCUGUUACACAAAUUCAGGAUUAACUGCACAGACAUCAAUGUUAUUGAUGACAUCCAUAUCCAGCCCCACCCUGACAGCUUGAGGAAGUUAGAUGAAAUGAUCAAGCCUUUCCGCCUGCAUGAGGGCUCCAAAAACUACGCCGAGGCUGAAGCUAUGAAAAAAGAGCAUCCCUGGAAAAUCAGUGAUGAGGAGCUGAGCAGCUUUGAGGAGAAGACAAACUUCCAGGUACGACUGAAUGAAGUGCUUCAAGAAAACUCCAAAUCAGCCAAUCUAAUCAUUGUGAGCAUGCCCAUCGCUCGAAAGGGAGCUGUCUCUGAUUAUCUCUACAUGGCCUGGCUGGACGUACUGACUAGGGACCUUCCACCCACCCUGCUCAUCAGAGGAAACCACAAGAGUGUGCUUACUUUCUACUCUUGAGCACCCUGUAGGCUAAGCAGUAGAAUACAGGUAGCUAUAGAGGACAGAAAUGGUAGUAACAUAAUGUUGGACUAUGUUCACAAAGCAAAUAAGAACCUUGGAUGAUGUUAAGUCUUCCAGAGCAACUCCACAGUGAACAUGAACAUUUAUAAUAGUUCACCUAUUUUUAUUAGUAUUUAGACAAGAAAAUACAAGAAAUACCUAAAAAGAAAAUAUCAGAAAAAUGGUCAGCUGGUAAAUUUUACAGCUGCAAUAAAAACAUAUUUGCAGUAACAGCCUGUUAGUAUUUUACACCAUCAUGUUUUAUCCCUUUUUUUUUGGUGAGGCAAAUUUAAACUGCUUAGCUGCACUCCAAGCUCUCAUAAGUGCUGUGAAUGAGGAACAAGACAAGUGUAUUUCUGAUAUUGAAGUGCAAAUGUCAAACAGUCUGAAUGUGAAUAAUAGGCUAAGCAUUGUUUAAGCUCUUUGCUACAAUGGACUACUGUGUAUAAAAUGGUGUAAUAACUAAAUAUUAUAAGAACAAAAACAAAAAGCUUAUAUUUAGUCAUAUCAGUCAAAUGAACAUAAGCAGACAAACAAGGAAGCUCUCAGUAGACGCACUGAGUGACUGUGUUGCCUGCUACUGUGAUUGUAAAAUAAAUGUACAUAGUAGAUACCUGAAUUCACCAGUGAAUAUUUUUUAAGUAAAUAACCAUUUCAUAAAUGAUCACCAGCAUUUUUCUAUGCAAUGUGGUACAAAUGGAUUGAUUAUGUUUUGAAGCAUUCUUUGAUAUUCACUAAGUGUAAAAUACGCACAAUGUUAUUAAUAAGCUGCUUACCUGUUUCACACUAUACUUUAUGAUAUUUUCAAAGUUAUUAUCACAGUACACUUAUUGUUUAAGAAAAAAAUGAGUGAAAUUAAGAAUUGCAAAUCCAAUUCUGUAUAUUUUUGCCUAUUGUCUGGCUUCUAUUUAAAUAUGUAAUUGUGAUUACCUGGAAUAAAGACUUUAAGCAUG